AACCAGAAACAGAACAAAAAAUAACUGCCAAUUUUUUGACGUCAGAACAAUUUUUAGAAGCUUUCCAAAUCUCAAAGUUACAUGUGUUAUCGUAUCUGAGCUACUUGUGUCCUGUCUUGGCCCAUAUCAUAAAGUGGAGGGGGGAGGGGAUGAGAGAUUCUUCCAUUUCAGUCUUACAGGCUUUCUUACAAGAGCUGAAAAGAAAGAAAACCCCAGUUCGGAUUUCCCUCUUGUAUCUUGAAAUCUCAAGCAAUCUUCAUCAGCUAGAGUGAGGAAACGAUGGUCGUAUUAAUGGGGUUAAGCUUGCAGUCCAUCAUCGAUCUGGUGGUCGCUGGGAUUUCUCUGAUGAUUGGGUUGGGGAUUUUUGCCUUCAUUGCUUCUGUUCUUUGCUCUGCUGCUUUCUUGCACCAUGCCAAAGGUGCCUCUUAAUUUCAUGUUUCAAUGCUCAGGUGUCGAAAGUGGCAUAUCAGUAGCAAGUUUAAAAGUGCAGUUUGUUGUUUCUUUGGGAAAAAGUUCCUUUGAAGCGGACUCGAUGGUCGAUGGGUUAUGAUCUCAGUCUUUAUGUGUCUAAAUUGACAGUGUAGGAACUCCACCUGUACUCAACAACAAAAGCUUUCAUUGUAACGAAUUGAACUGUGGUUGAGAUGAAGGCAGUUUUCCUUUGAUA